CAAAGGCCCUUUGCCUCUGCCUGCUUCUGCCGAGUCUCUCUCCUCCUCCGUCGUUGUUGCGCCGCGUGAGUCGCUCCUUUCUCGUGCCCAUCCCGCCCGUCCGCCCACGUCGUAGAAGUUGAAGAAAACUCGAUACAUCUAUUCCCUGCAUUCGAUACGGAUCCAAAUACCCUAAUCCGAUCCGUCCUUCUACGACCAUUUCUGGACGACCAUGUCAUUCUACGACAACAACGAAAGCUCCUGGGCCGCGCCGGGUCGCCAGCCUUCAUGGGAACAGCAAGCACCUCCUUCACGCUCCGCCUCCGGAUCCGCAAUGUCGCAUCAGUCCGACGCCAAUGCAUUCGCGUCGCAAUUCGAAGAGAUUGAGCGGGCAACGGACAAUCUGAUCAAGAGCGGCAAGUGGUUGCCCACGCCAGUGAUGGCCGGGGCAGGAGGGCCGGGGCGGAGGGAGAGCAUGCCAACGCCAGCCCGCCCCUUUGAAUAUGGUGGUGACCCGAGGCUGGGCGGAACCCCAUCACGGCACCAGUCCGUGAGCAGCGAGUUCAGCAAUGAUCGCCCGGGCUCUGCAGGACUGCAAGGCUACUAUGCGGGCCAGAGAUUUCCAGGAAGACAGCCGAGUGAAGCCGAGCAGAUGUUGCAGGCCAAGCGUAGGAUGGCUGCGCAGCGCGAGCGCGAGCUUCGAAAUUACCAUCAGGAGCAGCAGUACAAUAGGAGCGGCAAGCAGCAAGCGCAGGAUCGAUCCCUUAGUCCUGCAACCAUGAGCGAAGAAGAUCGCCGCGAACUGAUCGCUCGUCAACAUCGUGCCUUGUAUGGCGAAGGCUCCAGCCUGUACAACGCAGACGGAACCAGAGCGCCUUCGCAGGAUGCACGCACAUCGAGUGCUGGGCGCGGACCUUCUCCAUUGGCAUUCGAUCCGUUUGGGCAAGCUCAGAGCGGAGCAGAUGGAUCAGUGCAAAUGCCGCCGCGUGAUCGCGCUGAAAGUACUGCAUCUCCUGUCUCGAAUCCACCUGUUCAGCAAUUUGGUUUGCUAAACGAUGCACAACAGAGUAGCCGGACUUCGACUUCCUCGCCCGGCGAGUCGCCACCACUCACUGGUGUAUCCAAAGGCAGCGCAGCCGGCGUUGCUCCUAUCGGUACGAGGCCAGCGCAAGCUCCUGGACUCGGAAAGCGAUCCACAACACCGCUCACGCCUUCUUCGCUCAGCUACGGCUUCAACGCCAGCGACAAUAGGCCAGCGAACACGGGAAAUGAUCAACGCUCGACCUCAGCAGCCUCUAACCCCUCCCUCAACAAGGAGGGCGCAAGCGGCCUCGGAAAUUGGGGCAGCAGCAGUGGGACGUGGGGUCCCGGUAGCAAAAACCUUUCUGUUCAGCCGUCCGUAUGGGGCUGAAUCUCUCAUACGAAGAAAUGAGCUCACAACAGCUGAAAACAACAGAAGUUGACGAUGGGUUAGCGGCGGAGUUUCUCUUGUUGCUGCAUUCAUGGCAUGUGGAAUUUGGUGUCCUGGGUCUGAAGGUGCAAAAUUUGUGGUGCUCUAUGGUUGUCAGCAUUUUUUCGGGGCCAUUCGGGACAUGAGCAAGCGCUCGGGGAGUGAAUCGUUGCAUGCUUUGAUUUGGUGCGGUUUGGUGUUGUGGCUGGGCAUCGUUGGCAUGGCUUAGCAGAAGAUAUCCCAUUGGUACAUAUUGGAUGCGCACUAUGCGUAGUGGACGGAGGACGGCUUGGGGAGGUGUUUACGGCAUUCGGGUUGCUUGAAAACAUAUUCUCACAUCUGGGGCGGGUCUGCGAGUAAUAUCUUUGCAGCGAUAGCUGAGAUACAGCCAAAGUCAGGUUCUUGGGGCGCGACA